AUGGCGACCAGCGAGCUGUCGGCAGCGGACGGCUGGUGUCCGCCACAGUUGAAGAUCGUGCUUCUGGGAGGCAGGAACUCAGGGAAGAGCUCCUUAGGAAACCUCCUGCUGGGCAAAGAGGAGUUUGCCACCAAGGAGAGGACCACAUGCUCCAGGAGGCUGUCCCAAGUGGGGCGAUGCUGGCUGACAGUGGUGGACACCCCCGGCUGGUGGUGCGACUUUACCGCAGCUGAGACCACCCGGCUGGUGGGGAGCGAGAUCCAGGCCAGUGUCCUUCUCUGCGCCCCCGGUCCGCACGUCUUCCUGGUCGCGGUCAAGUCUGGCUCGAACUUCACUGAGAGGCGUCGCCGGGCCCUGGAGGAGCAUUUGGGUCUCCUGGGAGAGGGGGUCUGGACUCACUGCCUGGUGGUCUUCACCUCCACGGACAAGGAGAGGCAAGGGGUCGCGGAGGGGGCCGGGGUACGCUGGCUGGAGGACAAAUGUGGACAAAGAUGUCUCAGCUUGAGCCGUGGAUGUGACGCUUCAGAGCUGGUGGAGAACAUCCAGAGACUGGUCGCGGGAAACGGAAACAGAGUCUUCAAAAUGACGGAGGGCGUCUGCAAGGCCAUCGCGGACCAGAAGAGACGAGUGGAGGAGGACGCCCACGCCAGGUUUCUGAUGAUGAAGACUCAGAGGUCCGUCAUGAGAGACCGGGUGCGUCCUCUCACUGAUGUCCGGAUUGUUCUUCUUGGAGCCAAAGGUUCCGGAAAGACGUCAGCGCUCAACACGAUCCUGGGCCGGGAGGAGCAGGUGUUGUCGGGGAGAACGUCCAGCUGUGCGGUGGAAAGAGGCGUGGCCUUCGGGAGACGGGUGACGGUGGUGGACACGCCCGGCUGGUGGAUGAACUACUUCAGCGACGAGAGCGCCGUAUUCGAUCGGAGACAAAUCCAGCUGGGUCCGUCCUUGUGUCCCCCCGGUCCCCACGUCUUCCUGCUGGUGGUCCGCAUGGACCGGGCCUUCUCCGAGACCUACGAGAGGGCGGCCGAGGAGCACCUGGAGCUGCUGGGCGGGGACGUCUGGAGGCGCGUCAUGGUGCUGUUCAGCUUCGGCGACUGUCUGGGCGGGACCACCGUCGAGACGCACAUCGAGAGCGAGGGCGAGCCCCUGCGCCGGCUGGUGGAGCGCUGCGGGAACCGCUACCACGUCCUCAACAGCAGGACCCGAGGAGACGGCUUCCAGGUGAGGGAGCUGGUCGGGAAGAUGGAGGAGGUGGUGGCGGGCUGCGGCGGCCGGCAUCAUGAAGAGGACCCGACGCGUGUGACCCGGCUGGAGAGGACGAUGAACGCUGACAGGACGAGGGCCCGGCACAGACUGAUGAGGAGGACGGCGGCCGGCGUGCUCCCCGAUAAACUUGCCCCCGUCCACCAACAUGGGCUUGUGGAUGUUUCAGAGAAGCUCCGCCCCCUCAGAGAAGUCACCUUGCUGCUGGUCAGCGACAGGAAGACGGGCAAGAGCUGCUGCGGAAACACCAUCCUGGGCGAAGACCGCUUCCCCGCCGACCGCCGGACUACUUCCUGCACCGAGGAACGAGGCAGGAUAGGUGACAGAAUGGUGAGGGUGGUCGACACGCCCGCCGGCUUCCGCGUGACCCCGGACCUCCUGAGGGCGCCCUGCGCUGUACUGCUGGUGGUCAACGCCAGCGCCUCGUUCUCCGAGCACCGAGGCGACGCGCUGGAGGCUCAGCUGGAAGGGGGCGGGGACUCGGCCUGGGGCAGGGCGCUGGUCCUGUUCAGCCACGGUGACUGGCUGGGGGACGCCGGCAUCGAAGAACGCAUCGAGAGCGAGGGUGCGGCGCUGCGCAGGCUGGUGGACAGGUGCGGGAAUAGGUACCACGUGCUGGACAGCAAGCGGCGGGGGGACGGUGGGCAGGUGGUUCGGCUGAUGACGCAGGUGGACGAGAUGAUGGCGGCUUCUCGUCACGACAGGACACCGCCGUCCACUGCACGCCCGCACACAAUCGGCAGGAAGGAUCCACGUUUGAUGCCGAGCAAGGAGCAGCAGCCUUCACAUGACGUCGUUGCAGCGUCCACGAGUCCAUCAGUCAGUCAGACAGCAGACGACGAACAAGUGGGUCUUCAGGACGCAGGACGCCAAAGAGGAGAGAAGGGCGUCGCUGUGUGGACCGGAGACAACGUCACUUCCUGUUUGCUCGCCAUGUUGGCAGGCGCAGACAGGCCGAGGCCCAGAGAAGGACAAAGGUUAACGGUUCCAUUCCCAGAGUAUCUUCAGGCUGAGCGCUCACCCAGACUUCCCAUGAUGCUCCUGGUGUGGCAUCAAGCUCACCUACAGAUGCUCUCAGGCGGGAACGGCAGCUUUGAGCGCUCGCUCUGCAGUCGGCGGUACGUCCAGCGCGGCGGCGACCGCGGCCUGGACGAGCUGGAGGCAUUCAUCGACCGCUACUUCGACACGCUGCGGGAGCCGGUGCAAUCAAGUGACGCCGGGGCGGACCUGCUCUCCUCCAUUGACAAAAAACUGUGCAAACUGGACCUCCUGGAGGACAUCAGGGUGGACCUGGCCGAGGUGAGGAGGAGUUUGGAGCACAGCUGGACGCUCAUCCAGGACCUGAGACGCAAACACAAGAGUUCCCAACAUUAGGCACACAUUCAGCCAACAAUAUUAUUUUCAUCUUAAAGGCCUACUGAAAUGAGAUGUUCUUAUUUAAACGGGAAUAGCAGGUCGAUUCUAUGUGUCAUACUUGAUCAUUUCGCGAUAUUGCCAUAUUUUUGCUGAAAGGAUUUAGUAGAGAACAUCCACGAUAAAGUUCGCAACUUUUGGUCGCCUUGACUUUACCGAAAGUAGCAGACGAUGUGCGCGUGACAUCACGGGUUGUAGGGCUCCUCACAUCCUCACAUUGUUUACAAUCAUAGCCAGCAGCAGCAAGAGCUAUUCGGACCGAGAAAGCGACAAAUUCCCCAUUAAUUUGAGCGAGGAUGAAAGAUUCGUGGAUGAAGAAAUUUAGAGUGAAGGACUAGAAAAAGAAAGAAAAAAAAGACGAUUGCGGUGGGAGUGAUUCAGAUGUAAUUAGACACAUUUACUAGGAUAAUUCUGGAAAAUCCCUUAUCUGCCUAUUGUGUUGCUAGUGUUUUAGUAAGAUUAAAUAGUACCUGAAAGUCGGAGGGCUGUGGCCACGGGUGUGUUGACGCCAGAGUCUCUGAGGGAAGUCACGGCAGCUGCAGCAGGACGGAAGCUCCGCUGAUGUCGCCGGUAAGAUGCGACUUGUUACCGCAAUUUUAUCACCGAAAACUGCCUGUUGACAUGUAGUCGGAAUCCAUGUUCGCUUGACCGCUCUAAUCCAUAGUAAAGCUUCAUCAUCGGGAAUUUUAAACAUGGAAACCCCGGCUGUGUUUUUGUGGCUAAAGGCUAAAAGCUUCCCACCUCCAUCUUUCUACUUUGACUUCUCCAUUAUUAAAUGAACAAAUUGGAAAAGAUUCAGCCACACAGAUGUCCAGAAUACUGUGUAAUUAUGUGGUUAAAGCAGACUACUUAUAGCUUGGAUCGGGCUGAAAAAUAAUGUCUGCUACAACCGGUGACGUCAAACGCACGCGUCAUCAUACCGCGACGUUUUCAACAGGACACUUUGCGGGAAAUUUAAAAUUGCAAUUUAGUAAACUAAAAAGGCCGUAUUGGGAUGUGUUGCAAUGUUAAUAUUUCAUCAUUGAUAUAUAAACUAUCAGACUGUGUGGUCGGUAGUAGUGGGUUUCAGUUAAAGCCCUACUGAAACAUGGCAAACAUAUGGCAAUAUCGCAAAAUAAUCAAGUAUGACACAAAGAAUGGACCUGCUCUCCCUGUUUAAAUAAGAAAAUCUAAUUUCAGUAGGCCUUUAAACGUAACUGUAAGCGUCAUUGACUUUGCUAACAACUCACACGUUCAUCCACCAGAGGGCGCUGUUGCACCAAAUGUGCUCAACGCGCUUCAGCUUGAAGACGUCAUGAACUUAAUUUCUGCUACAUCUGGUGUCGUUUUUACAAUCACGACGACAAAGAAAAAUUAACAUGUGUUGUGAAUAAGAGACAGGAAGUGGUCCCUUUAACGUCGCACACAGUUAGAAUAGAAAUAUAAAAAUGAUCUGAACAAAAUCACACUUAAAUAAAGUCUAUUCUUUCCACUGUGCUUUAUUCCCAAGUAGUGCUGACACUAACUACCUUAUAUUGGUGGUGUAAAACAACAACAACCAAUGUUUUGUUUUGUUUUGUUUGUUUUUCCAAUUAUUAAAUAAUAUGGCUUUUAUACACGUACGCAUGUCUACAAACCCAAAAGCAUCUCCAUGGAACAAUUUGCCGUCAUACUGUUGUUAAAUUGAGGCCCUAAGCUAGGAGUGUCCAAAGUGCGGCCCGCAGGUCAUUUUUUAACGGCCCUACGGCACAUUUUAAAAAUACAAUGGAAAAAAAUUAAAAA